AUGUGGGUUAGCAAGGCGAUGAAUGGUCAUGUACAACUGAAUGACGUGGGUAUUGAGCGCAGUAAAGUUGCCACCUCAAUACUCGUCGCAGAUGUUGAGUUUAGACCAUCCAACAUUGCUCAUUGCAUACCAUACCAUGAGCACAACGAAGUCUUUUGCUAUAAGAAUCCGACAACGUCGAACAUCAUCGGUGACGUAUAA